AUGGGAUUUUGUGGGUCAGUAGAUAAACCAUUAAAUAAAAUUUAUGGAAACCUCCCUUACAUUGCACCAGAGGUACUACGUGGUAAACAACACACACAAAAGUCAGAUAUAUAUAGCUUAGGAAUUUUAAUGUGGGAGGUUGCAACCGGAGAAGUCCCGUUUAAUUAUAUUAAACACAAUCAUGAUUUGGCCCUAGCAAUUAUUAGCGGUAUACGCCCAAAGAUUUAUCAAAAUAUUCCUGCGGAAUAUGUUCGGAUAAUGAAACAAUGUUGGGAUGCAAUCCCUGAAAAUAGACCAGAUUUAGAUACGAUUAAUAGGAGAUUUCGAGAUUUACGAAAGGAAGCGUACAAAGAAGAAUCUCAACAAAAUAAAAUCCAACUUAGACCUUCCAGAACAUAU